UGCCUUUUGGUUGAAGCACUAUGGAGGAAGAGAGGAAGAAUAACAAUAAACGGUGGUAUUUUACUCGAGAACAGCUGGAAAAUAGCCCAUCCCGUCGCUUUGGCCUGGACUCAGAUAAAGAACUUUCUUAUCGCCAGCAGGCGGCAAAUCUACUUCAGGACAUGGGACAACGUCUUAACGUCUCACAAUUGACUAUCAACACUGCUAUAGUAUAUAUGCAUCGGUUCUACAUGAUUCAAUCUUUCACACAGUUUCAUCGAAAUUCUGUGGCUCCAGCAGCCUUGUUUCUAGCUGCUAAAGUGGAAGAACAGCCAAAAAAAUUGGAACAUGUCAUCAAAGUAGCACAUGCUUGUCUUCAUCCACAGGAAUCACUUCCUGAUACCAGGAGUGAGGCUUACCUGCAGCAAGUUCAAGAUCUGGUGAUUUUAGAAAGCAUAAUAUUGCAGACUUUGGGAUUUGAACUAACAAUUGAUCACCCACAUACACAUGUGGUAAAGUGCACCCAACUUGUUCGAGCAAGCAAGGACUUAGCACAGACGUCUUAUUUCAUGGCAACCAACAGCCUGCAUUUGACCACAUUUAGCCUGCAGUACACACCUCCUGUAGUGGCCUGUGUCUGCAUCCAUCUGGCUUGCAAGUGGUCCAACUGGGAGAUCCCAGUCUCAACUGAUGGAAAGCACUGGUGGGAAUAUGUUGACGCCACUGUGACCUUGGAACUUUUAGAUGAACUGACACAUGAAUUUCUACAGAUUCUAGAGAAGACUCCCAACAGGCUCAAACGCAUCUGGAAUUGGAGGGCAUGCCAGCCUGCUAAGAAAACAAAAGCAGAUGACCGGGGAGCAGAUGAAAAUACUUCAGAGCAGACUAUUCUCAAUAUGAUUUCCCAGAGCUCUUCAGACUCAACUAUUGCAGGUUUAAUGAGCAUGUCAACUACUUCUACUACGAGUGCAGUGCCUUCCCUUCCAGUCUCUGGAGAGUCAUCAAGCAACUUAUCCAGUGUGGAGAUGUUGCAGGGCGAGCGUUGGCUGUCCUCCCAACCUCCUUUUAAACUAGAACCCGCUCAGGGUCAUCGGACUAGUGAGAAUUUAGCACUUAUGGGGAUGGAUCAUUCCUUGAAACAAGAUGGCUCAAAUGCAUUUAUUUCCCAGAAGCAGAGUAGUAAGAGUGUGCCAUCAGCUAAAGUAUCAUUGAAAGAAUACCGUGCAAAGCACGCAGAAGAGCUGGCUGCCCAGAAGAGGCAACUGGAAAACAUGGAAGCUAAUGUAAAGUCACAGUAUGCAUAUGCUGCCCAGAAUCUUCUGUCUCACCAUGAUAGCCAUUCUUCAGUCAUUCUUAAAAUGCCCAUAAAGGGUACAGAACACCCUGAACAUCCUUUUCUGGAAAAGACUGACAAAACAGCUCUCAAAAUGAGACUCCCAGUGGCUGGUGGGGAUAAAACUGCCUCUUCAAAACCAGAGGAGAUAAAAAUGCGCAUUAAGGUCCACGCUUCAGCUGAUAAGCACAAUUCUGUAGAGGACAGUGUCGCAAAAAGCAGAGAGCACAAAGAAAAGCACAAGAUUCACCCAUCUAAUCAUCAUCAUCACCAUAAUCACCAUUCACACAAGCACUCUCACUCACAGCUUCCAGCUGGUACUGGGAACAAACGUCCAGGUGAUCCAAAACAUAGCAGCAGCCAGGCGAGCACCUUAGCACACAAAACCUAUAGCUUGUCUAGUUCUUUCUCUUCCUCCAGUUCUGCUCGUAAAAGGGGCCCCCCGGAAGAGACUGGAGGGGCAGUAUUUGAUCAUCCAGCCAAGAUUGCCAAGAGUACUAAAACCUCUUUAAAUUACUCUUUCCCUCCUCUUCCUACAAUGGCCCAGUUGCCUGGGCAUAGCUCAGACACAAGUGGCCUUCCCUUUUCGCAGCCCAGCUGUAAAACUCGGGUUUCUCACAUGAAACUGGAUAAAGGCCCCACUGGGGCCAAUGGUCACAACACAGCUCAGUCUAUAGACUAUCAAGAUACUGUGAAUAUGCUUCACUCCCUGCUCAGUGCCCAAGGUGUCCAGCCCACUCAGCCCCCUGCAUUUGAAUUUGUUCACUCAUACAGUGAGUAUCUGAAUCCACGGGCUAGUGGAAUCUCCUCCAGAUCUGGCAAUACAGACAAACCCCGGCCACCACCUCUACCAUCAGAACCUCCUCCACCACUUCCACCUCUUCCUAAGUAGAAAAGAAAAAGAAGAGGAGAAAAAAAUUUCUCUAAAAACCACAUUUUUUUCCGACUACUGAUAGUGGACUAGAAUUGCUUCCCUUAUGAAAUACAUCACCCUUCUUGGACUAGAAAAUAAAUUGAUACUGAAACAUAGGUGGGAGGGUGGUGGAGGGCCUUGGUUAUUAUGUGCUGCCUCAUACAUUUAACUAUUUUAUUAUAGUUUUUACUGGCAUUAGAAGGGUGGGAAUGUGUUGAAACUGUGAAGGAUUAAGAAUACUUUCUCUAUUCUUGGCCUUUCCACCUCCUAAUUAGGUUGAUUGGAAUAGUUACCUUCCCUCUUCUUGCAAGAACUGAAACAUGGGGGUUUAUCAAAAAUUGUGGAUUCUUUUGAUGUUUAAUAUAUCAGAAGAGAGGAAGUAUUUAAACGUCCAAAUCUUUUAAGAGACUUUAACAAAAUAAUUUAAUGAAAGUAAGUUAUCUGUUUAGUUUUUUUUAUAUAAUUGGGAAGGGUAUAGGGAUUUUGCUGUGUGUAUGAGGUACAUAGCAGUGACUCCUGGUGGGUGGGA